AUGUCGGACAUAGUCCCUCCAGAAGUGAGACCCAAACCGGCCGUCCCUGCUAAGCCUCCGAAUGUGGGCGCUCCCUCCCCCUCCAAUCCCUUCCCGCCUCAAGGCCCAAAUUUAGGAGGCCCGGCAGGAGUGGGUGUGUCAGCCCCACCUCCAAGUGCCAUCCCGGUGCCCAUCGGGAUUCACGGGGCCAGCCAUGCAGGCUCUCACGCCGUCAGUCACGCCUUGAGUCAUGGUGUAAGUCACGGUGCGGCACACAUUGGUGGUCACGGUCACAGUACCUCGAACAGCACCAGCGGGGGGUCCACUCUACUGGGGUACAUAGGUAUCGACACCAUCAUCGAGCAGAUGAGAAAGAAGACCAUGAAGGCGGGCUUUGACUUUAACAUCAUGGUUGUGGGUCACAGUGGUCUGGGGAAGUCGACUCUGGUGAACACCUUGUUUAAGUCCCAGGUGAGCAGGAGGAGUGCAGGCUGGUCCCGCGAUGACAAGAUCCCAAAAACUGUGGAAAUUAAAUCAGUGUCUCACGUUAUUGAAGAAGGUGGUGUGAAAAUGAAGCUUACUGUUGUCGACACUCCAGGCUUUGGGGACCUAAUCAAUAACAACAAUUGCUGGGAGCCCAUUUCCAAGUAUAUCAAUGAACAGUAUGAGAAGUUCCUUAAAGAGGAGGUGAAUAUCACUAGAAAGAAGCGCAUCCCAGAUACCAGAGUGCACUGCUGCCUUUAUUUCAUCUCCCCGACUGGACAUUCACUGCGGCAGCUCGAUAUAGAGUUCAUGAAACGCUUGAGUCAUUCUGUCAACAUCAUUCCUGUGAUUGCCAAGGCCGACACCAUGACCCCCGAAGAGAGACAGGAGUUCAAACAACGGGUUAAGAAGGAGCUGGAGAUGAACGGCAUUGAGUUUUACCCACAGAAAGAGUUUGACGAGGACAUGGAGGACAAGAGCGACAACGACAAGAUCAGAGAGGCGAUGCCCUUUGCUGUAGUGGGUAGUGACAAAGAAUAUCAAGUGAAUGGCAAGCGGGUUUUGGGGAGAAAGACUGCAUGGGGAGUUGUAGAAGUUGAAAAUACAAAUCACUGCGAGUUUGCCCAGCUGAGGGACUUCCUCAUAAGGUCCCACUUACAAGACCUGAAGGAGGUGACUCAUAAUAUUCACUAUGAAACAUACCGUGCCAAGAGACUCCACGAGAACGGAGGCCUGCACCCAGUUGACGGCCAGGAAAGCAACCUGUGA